AUGUCCUUUAUAUUCACUGGCAAGAAGCUGACUAUCUUACCACUCACAUACCAAAGUCAAGAUAUCGACAGUUCAGAUUGGAUAACCCUUCUGACCCUCUGUCUCGCUCCACUUAUAGCCCACAUUAUAGCCGGUUCGCCCUCGCCGGUCUAUCUUCAUCAAAGCCGACCAAGGUGGCAUGAACAAAUAUGUCUUUACAACCCAACGUCAAUCCUUUGGCGAUAUGCCGCCAUCGCAGACCGUCGCAUUCGAGCUAAAUCAUGGGACCGAACUGAUCUCGCUCCUACCAAUGCCAUAUUCUGGACCAAUCGAGGCUGGGAUGGCACUGAAGCUAUGAUUGCGACAAGCGCGGCUUAUUGCUAUCGCUACCCUGAUAACACCAGGAUCUCCGUAUUUUCCCGCGAGAUGAUCACUACCAUUAUUGUCACUUCUCAAGGGAUCCAAGCUGGGGUCCUUCUUGUCGGUGCGCUUAACAAAGACAAUAAUCCUGGCUUUACAAAGUGGAUGGCAGUGGAUGCGAUAUUCUUUCCACUAGCUAUGAUUGGUCUUUUGAGACUCUGCUGUGCAUUUUGGCUCAACGACGACUAUGGGUACACUACAGCUCACUCAACUACCCCAGAACCUCCCGUCUUUUACGGACACUCAACUGCCGAUGUCACAGAAAUGGGUAAAAUAAGUCUUCUACCACGAACCGACUCCAAUGAGACAUCAUCCAGCACGUUACUGGAGCCUUCCACCUCAAUUCUACAGUCUCGUUUCAAAACGCCGUCGUCCUCUUUGGGAAGCAAGAUCUUUCGAUCAUUCUUUCUUUUUCUGGUCCUAAGUCUUUUGGCACUCGACACACUGUUCAUCAUCCGUGGUGGAACGCACACCACUACGAGUUUUUUCUUUACAUUGUACUACAUGUUCUUUCUCGCCAUGACCACCAUUAUAUUCAUGCCGUACUUGUGGCAAGGCAAGACGACAUCCACCAUCAUACCAUGCAUCACCUCGACCGCCUACAAAGCCUACACAGGGUUGAUCUUUGCCGUUACCGUGGCAGUGAUUGUCAUCGCUUGUGUUGAGACUCGCAGGACUCCAUGCGGCAAAUACACAAGUGGUCACGGCAUUGAAGCUGACCCACGGGCUUGCAGGAGUGAAGAUACAGAUUAUGUGUCUCUCUAUGUGGGGUAUGACACUAAUUCUUCGGCGCUUGUUGUCCAUGACUUUUCAAUUUCCAACAAGACUGAAUUCGUCCUUGUCAACUCCACCGAGAAACCACAAGUUGACUUCAAGGGAACAUGUUUCGGGAAAGCACUUUCAGAUGAAUGA